AUGGGAGAAUCAAAUGCUAGAGGAAUUGAAAUUGAAAUUCCUAUCAAUACAGAAAAUGCUCCUAAGCCACUACUCGGAAUGAAGUUUAGUACUUAUGAAGAAGCUUAUAACUAUUAUAACCAUUACGCAUUGUUGAUGGGUUUUGGAAUAAGGAAGAGCACGGUAAAUUACUCGAAGAAGACAAGAGACGUGUUAGACAGAAAGUUUGUUUGUGAUAAGGAGGGCUAUAGAUCUAAUAGAGACAAGAUGGAGAUGCCUUUUCGGCGAGAGACCCGAGUGGGAUGUAAGGCAAUGAUGAGAGUUAAAGUAUUGGAGGACAAAUCGUGGGAGGUCACAGGGUUUGUUGAAGAACAUACAAAUCAUGUGUUGAGUAGUCCAGACAAAGCAAAGAUGCACAGAUCACACUAA